AUGGGGACCGCUCAACUACACCUUGAUUUCUUAGCCGAUAUACCCGGUGUUUCGUUUCCAGCUCGAUUGCUCCUCACGUCUUUCCGUCAGCACGUUGGGUUCACGUACUACGAAUAUCGCCUUCAGCUUUGGAUAUCCACUGAUGUAACGACGGAGAAACUUGAAAAUGCAAAGCAGCAAUGCGCUCGGGCUGCACAAGAAACGUAUAACAGGGAUCUCAGAGCUGUUAUUAGGCACGAUUUCGUCUUCAAAAAAGAGGAGUAUGCCUCAUUCCUCUCCCUUCUUCGCUUCAUGCUAACAAGUGAUUAG